AUGCGAGUGAUGAUAUAUUUACCAUGUUCUAAUCACCCUAUAAAUGUUUUCAGAGAUUAUAUUGAUAAACUUUAUAACCUGUGGUAUAUGUAUGCUGAAAUUGGUAUACCCAUAUUUGUUGGAGACUUUAAUACUAAUUUGCGUAGUAAUUUAAGUGCUAGAGAACAUAUUCUAUCUGGAUUUUUAAAUGAUACAAACUUGGUCGCAAUUGACAUGUUAGAAAGUUGUCAGGGUGCUAGGAACACGUUUGUUUCAUAUGAUAAUUGUCAAGAAUCAUUUAUUGAUCAUAUUUGCAUGCCAAUUGAAUUUGAAUAUUGCUCUGUAAAAUGUGAAAUUAUUGAUGAUGAAUGUCUAAACGUCUCCCGACACAGACCCAUUAUUUGUUCAUUGAAAUUUCCUUUAACCCCUACUGACGGCACACGUACGCUUGAUAAUGACUGUUCUCCUAAAGUCAACUGGAGUAAAGUUACAGCAGAGGAUAAGCAACAUUAUACUUCCCAAUUAGCAGAGCGCGUCGCCAUAGAAGUCUUCAGAUUGAUCCCAACAGAUACACACGGCAUUGACAGGGCAUAUCAGACUCUCGUAGAUAGCAUUAAUGUUGCAUCGUCAUGCCUACCCGUACCAAAAUUUAAACGUCACGUCAAGCCGUACUGGAACGAGGAGCUAAACAAACUUCACAAAAUAAUGGAAAGGAAACGCGCUUCAUGGUGUAUGGAAGGCCGCCCGCGUAACAAUGACAAUAAUGUUUAUCGUGAAUAUAAAGACGCGAAACGCUUAUUUCGACGAGCGCAUAGACAUUACACAGAACUAUUUAUGUCGAAAAUGGAUAGCGAAAUUGACCAAGCAGCUGAAGUCGAUUCUAAAUCAUUCUGGAAAAUGGUGAACUUGCGGCGAAAAAAUAUUAAUUCUAGUGCAGGUGCAGGAAUCAAGUUUAACGGAGAUGUAUACAGAGAUCAGCAGGCGUUGACUGAACAAUGGGCUAUAUACUUUCAAGACUUAUAUACGCCAACAGAGAAUCCAGAGUAUGAUAAUCAAUGGCGAGAUUCCGUUAACAGUUACGUGUCAAAUGUUAUCAACACCAGUGUUCCGGAUACGAAUGCAACUGUGUCUGCUACAACUAUCGCUGACCUUAUAAAAUCUUGCCCCAAAGGAAAAGCAUGUGGUCCAGACAAAAUAACUUACGAACAUCUCAUAAUAGCUAAUGAGAUACUUUCGCCUCUACUCGCAAACCUAUUUACGGGUAUGUUACGACUUUGUUAUAUCCCAAAAACAAUGAAAAUGGGUUCAAUUAUUACCUUACAUAAAGGCGGGAAAAACGUAGAGAUAACCCGAACAAUUUUAGAGCAAUAA